AACAGUACUCAGUGAGGGAAAGAAGCAUCGCCUUCAUUCUUACACUCAGUGAAUUAACAUGAAAACAUCAAUUUUAUUCUUCAUCCUCCCUGGAAUUAUAAUAGGUUUAUCUAAUGGAGUUGGUGUGUUACCAGAUGGUCCUCUGAUUGCCUCUGUUGGAGGGACAGUAAUGUUCACAACAGACUUGAAUCCAACAGAAACGCCAUUUACGUUUGUCAACUGGCAGUUUGAUAAUGGUUCAAAACCUCAAUUCAUAAUUAUAUCACAGUCUACUGGAGACACAACUGCACCAGAAUAUGAAGGCAGGAUCACUCUCUUCAGAUCAACUGGAUCUCUGGAACUAAGGAAUCUGAAACUCAGUGAUAGUGGAGAGUACACAGUUACCAUUCAAGAUGGAAUAAAUCAAAAGACAGGACGCACCAUACUGAAUGUUUAUGAACCAGUCUCCAAUGUAAAUGUCUCCCCACUAAGUUCAGACCUGAUUGAGUUCAGCAGCUCUGUCAGUCUGUUCUGCUUCUCCUCUGGAUUUUCUCUCUCCUUCCUCUGGAUGAAAGACGGCUCUGAGGUCACAGCCAGUGACAGAGUUCAAAUCAACACAAAUGACGAAAACUCCAAUCUGACAAUAGUAAAUGUGAUUCGAAAUGACAAGGGAUCAUACACCUGUCGCGUAUCCAAUCCUGCCAGUUCUUUCAUCAGUAAUCAAGUAAACAUCUCUGUCAGUUAUGGCCCAGAGAAAGUCAACUUAGAAUCACCUUCUCAAAAAUAUCCAGAAGGGUCGAACAUCCAUCUGUCUUGUUCAGCUGACUCAAGACCUAAUGCCACUUUUGAAUGGUUCUUUAAUGGAAACCUGUCUGGUUCUGGAUCUGAGCUCAAACUCACCAAUGUUCAGAAGGAUCAGAGUGGAAACUACAGCUGUCGGGCUUUAAACAGCAUAACCUCAAGAUAUCAAACAUCUCAACUUUCACCUAUCUCUAUAGUGGAUGCUAGUAAACCUGCAGGCCUCGUUGGUGGCGCCAUUGCUGGAAUAGUAAUUACAUGUUUGUUAGUUGUUGCUGCAGGAGCUGCUGGAGGCUAUUUCAUCUACAAAAGAAGAGAAAAUGUGAAACCUGCAUCACAUUCAGGCACAACAGAGCAACAACAUGAUUAUGAAAACAUGCCAAGAAUAAAGAAAAAUAAGGAAGAAGGUCAUGUUUAUGAGAAUUUUGCAGUUACACAAAGAAGUAAAGAACCAGAACAUGUGUAUGAGGAAAUGGCACCAAUAGAGAAGAAAUAAAAUUAACAGCUUUGGGUCCUUUAAAGGUGAGUUCUGAAGUAGGAAUUUGCUAAAAAAGGAAACAGUUUAAAGUACUUGGAUACAUUGUAAUUACUUUAUAUUUUAAAAAUACUCAACAGUUAAGUAUUUUUAUAAAGCCUUGUGGUGGUACGAAGUUAAUCAUUGCACUAAUAUUUUUUCUUGUCACACAGAUGAUCAGAGAGAAACACAUGAUACAACAAGAAGAAACUGAUAAUGUUCUGCUGUAUUUUUGCCUUUUGGGUUUAUUCCUAUUUAUCUCCUUGCUGAAAGUUUUAAAGUCUUACAACAAUAAAUCAAAUAUGUAAAGUUUUAUACAUUCUUCAAACAUUGUUAAAAUGUUUACUACCUCCAUAUUGAUCUAGAGUAAGAAAAUAUUUUUUUAAAAAAGCUUUAUCAAUGCAAGUCUUUGACAAGAUUUGGUUUCAGCUUUGCUAUUCAUUUAUUGUUGACUGUAAUGAUGCUAAGCCUUGACUUUUCAACCUUUUGAACCUCUGCCAUUGACAUGACUGUAAACUUAUCUUAUUGGUUAUUUGGGUCCGGUUAAGUUAUUUGAAAAGGAGUGCUAUAUAUUGUCUCACCACAAUUUGUGAGAUGCUGUGUUGCAUCUCACAAAACAUAAAGAUGUUGUUUUGCUAAAAAGAGGAAGUGGUAGAGACAAAAGUAAAUGAGAACAACAUAUUCAGGGAACGUGGCUCAGUGGUAGAGCAGAAGCACCAAAUAUGGAGCCUACAGUUCUCAUUGCAGAUGACCUCAUUUCAGUUCCAGGUUCAGAACAAUUUGAUGCAUGUCUUCCCCUUGUCUCUCUGCCUUUCUUCCUAUAAGCUACUGUUGAAUAAAAACUACUAUUGCCAUAAAAAACUCUUUCCUCUCCUCAGCCUUUAGUUUAACUGAUUGGUUUGAGUACAAACCUCUGUUGUCUGCAACUAGUUACAGCUCUGUUCUCUUAAACAGCUGUCAUCCACCUCCCUCUAGUGUUCAGCAGGAAAUGCAAAAAAAGUUCUGAUUUAUCAUCUUGUUAUUUUAGACAGUUAAACAGUUCAGACCUCAUGUGUCAUCACUAAUUUUAAUUCAAAGCCUCAGGAUCAAGAAGCUUUAAAACAAUCUGUUUAGUGGCUCUUUGUUGUUGUCAUGAUGGCCUUUUAGACUUUCAUUGAAAUAUCUCUGCUUUUAUUGUGUUUUUGGAAUGAAGUUAAAAAUAAAUAUUAAAGAAGAAACUGGUUUUGCCUCAUCAUUAUGAGGUACAUAUUUCAGAAAUAUUAGCCUGUUUUUAGUUUCCAUUAUUCAUCAUGUACUAAAUUACAAUUUAAAUGGAAAUCAUAUACACUGCAAAAAAACAAAAUCUUACCAACUUUUUGUGUCUAGUUUCUAAUGUAAAUAUCUUAGUACACUUAAAAUAAGACAAAACUAACUUACAAAUAACUGCUCAGUCAGUAAAAGGGGCUUUCUUGAUGAAAAAGUAUUUGUUCCACUGUCAGAUUAUUUCACUUAUAACAUGGGAAAAAUGUCUU